UAAAAAUGUCUAUGGUAUCAGAAUUCCUCAAGCAGGCUAAAUUUAUGGAGUCUCAAGAGCAAGAAUACAUUAAUACUGUGAAAAGUUCCAAAGGUGGCCAUGGGUCUGCAGUGUACCCCUAUCCUUCCUUUAAUCCAUCUUCAGAUGUUGAAGCUUUGCAUAAAGCAAUAACAGUUAAAGGUGUGGAUGAAGCAACCAUCAUUGACAUUCUUACUAAAAGAAAUAAUGCACAACGUCAGCAGAUAAAGGCAGCAUACCUCCAGGAAAAAGGAAAGCCCCUAGAUGCCGAUCUGAAGAAAGCCCUCACAGGCCAUGUUGAGGAAGUUGCUUUGGCUCUGUUAAAGACUCCAGCUCAAUUUGAUGCUGAUGAGCUUCGUGGUGCCAUGAAGGGUUUAGGGACUGAUGAAGAUACUUUGAAUGAGAUCCUUGCAUCAAGAUGUAACAGAGAAAUCAGAGAAAUUAAUAGGGUCUAUACUGAAGAACUGAAGAGAGAUCUGGUUAAAGAUAUCACCUCAGACACAUCUGGAGAUUAUCGGAAGGUUUUGCUUUCUCUAGUGAAGGGUGAUCGAUCUGAGGAUGCUAGCGUGAACGAUGACUUGGCUGACACAGAUGCCAGGGCCUUAUAUGAAGCAGGAGAAAAAAGAAAAGGAACAGAUGUGAAUGUAUUCUCAACCAUUCUUACCUCCAGAAGCUAUCCUCAUCUUCGCAGAGUGUUUCAGAAGUACAGAAAAUUCAGUGAUCAUGACAUGGACAAGGUUUUGAAACUGGAGAUGAAGGGUGAUGUUGAAAAAUGCUUCCAAACUAUCGCAAUGUGUGCCACAAGCAAACCAAGGUACUUUGCUGAGGAGCUUCAUCGUGCUAUGAAGGGUGCUGGAACUCGUCAUAAGAAAUUGAUCAGGAUAAUGGUUUCCCGUUCUGAAAUUGAUAUGAAUGAUAUCAAAUCAUACUAUCAGCAGAUGUAUGGCAUCAGUCUCUGCCAAGCCAUCCUGGAUGAAACCAAGGGAGAUUAUGAAAAAAUUCUGGUGGCUCUGUGCAAUCAAAACUAAAUAUAACUACCACAGUUUCAAGCUAUUAAUUAGAAGACGUUUUUCACUGCUUAUGUUCAUUCCAUACUUUAGGCUUAAAUAAGAACUUUUAUUUCAGUAGAAAUAGUUUUUUUUAUUUUUUUCUAAAAGAAAUAUAUAAUCUUGUUAGUUAAAUAUUAUAGAACACAAAUGUGUAGAAAUAUUUUUAAAAUAUAUUUAUCUUCAAAUAUAAAGGCAUAAAAAUUUGUAUUAGUAACAUUACCCAAGAAA